AUAGAAAUAAGCCUGCGGUCAGGGAAAAUUGACGGAUUGAAUUGUCAAUUGAUCCGCAGAAUCCGCAGAAAUCGUUUGGCAGGGCGCGACGCCGCGGCGCGUCCCGUUUCGGUUCGAUCGAUGGAAUGAUCGACGAAAUAUCGGCCAUCGCGAGUGCUGUUGUUGCUGGUCGACAAUCGAGCGGGCUCGAUGCGCUGUUGAGGAGCACGCGACCGGCGGCGAGGUAUCGAGAGGUGAUCGACAGGUGCGACCGCGCGAAAGCCGCAGUCACGUGGCUCGUGAUGAUGUAAGGUGACCUGAGAAAAACGGUGCUGACGAAAUGACGCGCGACAGGAGGUUGCUGCUGUUGUUGGGUCUGCUGAUGGUUUACGGCCUAUUUGUGGCCGAAUGCCGGUACCAUCAGGACGAGGACGCGGCAACGGAGACGAGACAUAGACACAGGCAUAGACACGAGUCCUCGAAUCGAAGGAACCACCACGAGCUCGACAGGAAAACCUGGCAGGAGGUGGAUUACGAAUACGAAGGAGACUUCGAGGAGCCGAUCGACGAAGACGAUUAUGAGACGCGAUCGUAUUACGAUUAUCCCAGGUCGCAUCAUCGAUCUGCACAAAAGAGUUAUCACAACCGGAUGCUCGAGCCGCGCUAUCCAUCUAGGUAUCAUAACGAUGGAUAUCACGCUGGAAGUGGCUGGUACGAUGAGAACAACGACAGACGCAGAAUGCCAUCGCGGUAUAAUACGAAGAAUCAUCGAUACAGACCCGGCAGCAGAACUCAUCAUAGGCCCGCGUAUUCGCGCAAUCGCGACGUAUCGAACUUGGACGACACGGAGGAAGAUUAUGACUAUGAGAGGAGGCCGUAUAGAUACGGAAACGGCGGGGUAGACAAGCAUUACGAACGAUGGAGAAACUCUGGACGGUACGCGUCUUACAGGAGAGACUGGAGAAGUAGAAUGAACGGCUAUCAUGGAGCGAAGAGACACCGCUUGGAAGAUCGCGAGGACGUCAUCGAUCGUGGCGACGUGACGAGAUGGACGGAUGAUUGGAAGAGAAGAUUGAAUUCCUCGGACUCAAAGUAUUUUGCGAAGAAAAAAGACGAGCAAAAGGCAGAGGAAGACGAAGAUUACGAAGAUCACGGUGGGCUCGAGGAGGACGAUAAAGAUGAAGACGAAGAGGAUAUCUGGAAAGACAUCAACGAUGAAAGAAACGAUGAUAAUGGCGAAGAAGAAUUUGAUAACGAUUUUUACAAAAACGGAACAAAGCCACUCUUGAAAACCUACGAUGAUAUCAUCAAAAGACUCACGUCCAACGACCCGACUACUCCAAAGACCACUGUCAAGAGAGAUUAUCGGAACACCGAAUCGAAUAAGCACGUGAAGCGCGAUGGUUACAAAAAUCUCAGGUACGAACCGAGAAAUAUUUCCAAAUCGAUAGAACUUUUCGCGAGUACAUCUAAUGCUACCAAUACCACGUCUAAUUACUUCGUAAAUUCGACCGUCAAAUCUGUCAGACAUAAACCCUCGAAGCACACAAUUAGUAAAAUGGUCAAGAGUCACGAUCGGCAAGAGGCAAAAACCGAUUCUCAGACGAAAAGCCUUGAGCAGGAUUACGACGAGUACCUGAACAGCCCGGAUAACGAAAAGGAAGAGGAUCUCGUCAGAGCUGGAGUCGAGGAUGAUUCGGCCAUGCAGGCGGAUGUUACUAAUACGGAUUAUACAGAUGACGACAAUGGCGAAGAGGAUGAAACCGAUGCCUUCACCACUUCGACUACUACAACUACGACGACGCCGAAGCCGUCGCUCAACCAGCAUUACAAUUACAAAGACCCGAGAGCCUACGACAGCGGCACUGGAGCUCAAUACAACGGGUACCAAGCGAAAAACGAUUAUCCGCCAAUGUCUGCUCACAGUGUUCACAAGUGGCAGUCGCUUGGCACUCGCGAGGGCGUCAAAGAGACCAGGAGCAACAUGCAGCAGUACAACAAAAACGGAAAGAGUGCUGAAAUCCGAGAAGCUCUUCAGCAUGCAAUUAAAGUAAACAAGGAAGGCAGCUGCCAGUGGCCACGCGCGAGAGUCAUUCCGGUUCGUGACGUCUAUCCGAGCCCAUCGACCACCUACAUUCCACACUGCGCCAUAUUACACAGGUGCUCGGACGACACCGGAUGCUGCAGAUCGGAAGCCCUUACUUGUGUGCCGAAGCACUCUCACCGCGUCGAACUUUCCUUCUACACCACAAGCGUGGGUGGCACCAGCGUAGUGGAGAAGCUAUCGUUCUACAAUCACACGGAAUGCGAAUGCAGAGAGAGGUCUGAAUAUGAUACGACAAACGAGAAACCCGCAGACCAGAGAGUCUACCGACAUCAGUCCUCGUCGCCCCCUCAAAACAUAAAAAAAUCGCCAGCGAGAAAACCAUGUCGUUGCCCAUCGGAAUUCACACCGAGAAUUACAGAAGGCGUUUGUCAAUGUAACUGUUUCGAGAGCAACGAAAAUUGUAUAAAGACCAGACGUGGAAAGGGAUACUUCUCCCUCGCGGACAGAAUAUGCAUUCAGAACAACGAAUGCGCGAUGCCCAACUGCGAAUUCGGCGAAUACAUAAAGUGGCAAGGCAAGUGUCCGCGAAAAAGGGACACUUUCGACGCGAUGACAAGCUAUCGUGCGAAUCUGAGUCAUCGAUUCAGAAGUUAGAUGGCAGCGAAUAGCGAAGAGGACGAAGAUGAUUGCAUUAAGAUGCAAUCCUAGUGCCAAUGAAGAUGGAGAGAUAGCACACGACGAAGCGCACGAGAAACCGACGGUGCCAUUUUCUUUCAUUUUUUUUAAGUGCCUUCGUCAAAGAGACUCGCAACAUGUAGAGACAUGUAUGCGUACGUUGUGUAUAAAAAUGUACGUCAUCUCUAUCGUUAUCUCGGCACGCGUAUGUAUCAUCGUCGCUUCUUUUUUUUCUUUCUUGCCGCGAUCAACGAGGAUACGAAGUGAUAAUGGUCGUCGAUUUUCGGUACCGGUGAUUAUUUCGCGGAGAGAGUAAGAUAGUAUUUCGAUGUUUAAUUGAUGAAGUAUAUAAUUUUGUAGCGCUCGAUGUUCACAACGGUUUUCCAUCGCGAAAAAAAAUAAGUUGAUACAAUUAUUAUGUAAGAUUUCGAGUCGUUAAGAUAAGAAAAUAACAUUCUAUAUAACUAAAGCGAUUUCUCUAGAAUAAGAACGAUAUAUACAUAAAUUAACGACAGCACAAAAAAUUACCAAUAACGAAAUGAAGUGCUUCUAGCAAUAAUUUUCGAGGAGGAAAGUGACUGCCUCUUGAGCAGAAAUUUUGUCGGUGAGAGAAACUCGCCAAGGGAAAUGGCGAUCCGCCAAAAUUAUUCACGUAGAUCUGAGAGGAUGCGAUAACGUCUCUUAAGUUAAUGGUAACUUUAUGCGAUAAGCGGUACCUCGGGUAUCAUAGUUUACGCUGAGAAGAAAGACCUCGGACGCGAGCCUAGUCUGAGAUCCUGUUUCUGUUCUGCACGAGAAAACUCUCGGUUCGUUAGAUCACGUAUGGACGACCGAAUUUGUCGAGCCUGAAACCCUCCCAAUGUCCCUUAAAUUCCACUUCGUCAAUUAGACUACAUAAACCAUAAUUAUAUAAUGAUACUCCAAUUAUAAUGUGCUUAUUAUAAUAGCAUUAUACGAAAUUUACACGAUAGUGAUACGCGACGAGUAGGAAAUACCAAAGCACGCAAAAACACGCGUACGGAGUGGUCGCGCAGAAUCGAAACAGAUCGUUAAUGUAGCCACAUUUUGUAUGUUACACGAUUACAGAAUAUCUCUAUUGUAUUUAAUCGAAUAUUGAUGUACCCCACGUUCAUUAAUUUAAUAUUUAAUCAACAGACAGAGAGAGAGAGAGAGAGAGAGAGAGAGAAAGAGAGAGAGAGAGAGAGAAGAGAGAACUGGCCCGACUGGCCUCUGUUCAUGUACUUCUAUGCAGAUAUUGUAACAUGAAGGUAAUGGCUGAGUUCAGCAGAGAAAACUGAUUUUAGUGAGACUCAGUCAUUUUUUAAUAUAUGUAAUUGAUUUCUAUCUUCAGAUUCAACAAAAAACUAAAACCAAGAAUUAAUCAUAUUAAA